AACAUGGACUGUAAAAGCGCGCUUUGUGGGUCACCCCUUCUAUAUACACUCAUAUCAUUGCAACACUCGUCUUCAGCUCUAAACAAAACAGAACCUAAACGAAAUUCAGACUCACCCGCAACCCAGAUCUUGCUUCAGUUUUGGGUUUCAUUGAUUUGAAUUUUCAUUUUCAUUUCCUGUUUUGGGCUUUUGGGAUUCUAAUUUUGUUUCUUUAAUAAAAAAGAACAACACUUCUCCGAUGAUUUCAAACAAAAAUGUAGCCAAUGCUGUUGCUGGUAAAACGGCUAGAGCAUGUGAUAGCUGUGUAAGGAAGCGAGCUAGAUGGUACUGCGCAGCAGAUGAUGCAUUUCUUUGCCAAUCUUGUGAUUCAUCAGUGCAUUCUGCUAAUCCAUUAGCUCGUAGACAUGAAAGAGUUCGUUUAAAGAUUUCAUCUUUAAAAUCUUUGGAUAUAAUUUCCAAGGGGAGUUCUGUUAUUACCGUUCCUUCUUGGCAUCAAGGAUUCACCAGAAAGGCCAGGACACCUAGAAAUGGACAUGGCAAUAAGCCUCUACUUUCUCUUUUGAAAAUUGAAGAAAAGUCGAGGAACCCUAUUCCACUUGUGCCUGAAGUGGGUUCAGAUGAUCAGAUAUCUCAUGAAGAUAAUAAUGAAGAGGAGCAACUACUGUACAGGGUUCCAAUCUUUGACCCUUUUGUUGCGGAAUUAUGCACUCCAACAACGAUAUCGAAUGAAGCAGAUCAAACUACUACUGCUCCUUUUACUGCUGGCGGUGGUAAUGGUAAUGAUACUGAUCAAACAGUUGCUGGUGCUAAUGGAAUUGAAUCAAAGGCUUCUUAUUUACAUGGUUUUCUCCCAUCUGAAACGGAUCUUGCAGACUUUGCUGCAGAUGUUGAAAGUUUACUUGGCAGGGGUCUUGAAAAUGAAUCUUUUGGAAUGGAGGAUUUGGGUCUUGUUGAUUGUAAAGAAGAGAAACAAUUUAAGAUGCAGGAGAGAGAGUUUUCUUUAGCAAGUGGACAAGUGAUUAAGCUUGAAGAGGAAGAGAAGGAAGAAGAAGAGGCAGUAAGAGAAUGUCAUAUUGACACUGAAAUUGAUAUGGCGAAAGAACCUCCUUUUGAAUUGAGUUUCGAUUACGAUUCUGCAACCUGUGGAGAAGAAGAUGAGAAAGUAGCGACUCCACAAAGAGACAUUAAAAGCAAUAAUGGAGAAUACAAAGAUAAUACCAGGAGUAAGAAUGACAAUAAGAAAAAGAGAAAGAUACUAUUGAGUUUAGAUUAUGAAGCAGUCAUAACUGCUUGGGCAACCCAAGGUACUUCUCCUUGGACUGACGGAACCCGGCGGGAUGUUGACCCCGACGAGUGUUGGCAAGACUGCAUGGGUACUUGCGGAGCUGAAUUUCACCAUCCUUAUGGCGAUACAAAUGGUCUAGGAGGAGUAGGAGGAGGAGGAAACCCUGCAAUGGCGGGCGGAGGGAGAGAAGCGCGAGUAUCGAGGUACAGAGAGAAGCGGAGAACAAGACUGUUUUCCAAGAAAAUAAGAUACGAGGUGAGGAAACUGAAUGCGGAGAAAAGGCCUAGAAUGAAAGGAAGAUUUGUCAAGAGGGCAACCUUUGCAGGAGGACCUUCUGCUUUUCCAUUACAUGCCAAAUAACUGCUAUUUUAAUUACAAGUUUCCUAAAUUGGAAUCAAUGUAUUAAUUAGUUCAGUUUAUUACAAGGUCUGUGCAAAUCUAAUAACUAAAUAAAAAUUUUGAGCUUCUUGUGUAAA